GGCGGCGGCCAUGUUGGGAGCCGCUGGGUGCUGGUGAGGAGGUGCCGGUGUGAGGCGGCCGGGCCGGGCGCACCCGCCGCCCGCUCCCCUCUUCCCCCCGUUCUCCUCUGCCGCCCCCCGCCCCGACCCCCCCCAUGCCGCUGGCCUGGCCUCCCCCCGCUCCCUGAGCGCGGCCCGGGCUUCCCUUCCCCCCCCCCCCCCCCCCGCACACCGCCUGCCGCGGCUUCCUUCUCCCUAUCGCGAUAGUCGCCGGCGGCCGUGGCGGGGGGGGGCUCGCCAUGUCGAGCAGCGGUCGCAGCCCUCUGCCUACUGUCAACGAGAGAGACGCGGAGCAGCCCGGCGAGGGGAAGGGCGUCGGGAAGCCCAACAUGCUGCGGGGCCGGAACUCGGGCAGCGCGGCCGAGGAGCAGCCCCACAUCGGCAACUACCGGCUCCUGAAGACCAUCGGCAAAGGCAACUUCGCCAAGGUCAAGCUGGCUCGGCACGUCCUCACCGGCAAGGAGGUCGCCGUGAAGAUCAUCGACAAGACGCAGCUCAAUUCCUCCAGCCUGCAGAAGCUCUUCCGUGAAGUGCGAAUAAUGAAGGUUCUGAACCACCCCAACAUAGUGAAGCUCUUCGAGGUGAUCGAGACGGAGAAGACGCUUUACCUGGUCAUGGAGUACGCCAGUGGGGGGGAGGUGUUUGACUACCUGGUGGCCCACGGGCGCAUGAAGGAGAAGGAAGCUCGGGCCAAGUUCCGACAGAUAGUGUCGGCCGUGCAGUACUGCCACCAGAAGUUCAUUGUCCACAGGGACUUGAAGGCCGAGAACCUGCUGCUGGACGCCGACAUGAACAUCAAAAUCGCUGAUUUUGGCUUCAGCAACGAGUUCACGUUCGGGAACAAGCUGGACACGUUCUGUGGGUCCCCCCCGUACGCAGCCCCCGAGCUCUUCCAGGGCAAGAAGUACGACGGGCCCGAGGUGGACGUCUGGAGCCUGGGGGUCAUCCUCUACACCCUGGUCAGCGGCUCCCUGCCCUUCGAUGGGCAGAACCUGAAGGAGCUGCGGGAGCGGGUGCUGCGGGGCAAGUACAGGAUCCCCUUCUACAUGUCCACCGACUGCGAGAACCUGCUCAAGAAGUUCCUCAUCCUUAAUCCCACCAAAAGGGGCACCUUGGAGCAAAUCAUGAAGGACCGUUGGAUGAACGUGGGCCACGAGGACGAUGAGCUGAAGCCCUACAUGGAACCUGUGCCAGACUACAAGGACCCCCGGAGGACAGAGCUGAUGGUGUCCAUGGGGUACACGCGGGAGGAGAUCCAGGAGUCCUUGGUGGGCCAGAAGUACAACGAGGUGAUGGCCACGUACCUGCUCCUGGACCACAAGAGCUCGGAGCUGGAGGAGAGCCUGUCCCUGAAGCCCCGGCCCGCCCCGGAGGUGGCCAACAGCUCGGGGCCGUCCCCGGCGCACAAGGUCCAGCGCAGCGUCUCCGCCAACCCCAAGCGCCGCGUCAGCGACCAGGCCGGCCUCUCCAUCCCCACCUCGGCUUCCUACUCCAAGAAGACGCAGGCGGCCAACGCUGAGAACAAGCGGGGGGGGGCGGAGGAGGAGGGGGGGCGCCGGGCGGGCAGCACGGCCAAGGUGCCCCCCAGCCCCCUGCCCGGCCUGGAGCGAGCCAAGGGCACCCCCUCACCCUCCACGAACAGCGUCCUCUCCACCGGCACCACGCGGAGCCGGAACUCGCCGCUGCUGGAUCGAGCCAGCCUGGGCCAGAGCUCGCUGCAGAACGGCAAGGACAGCCUCCCCACGCCGGGCUGCCGGCCCUCACCCGCCGCCCCCCCGGCCCCCGGCGCCCCCCCCCGCGCCCGGCAGCACCCGAAAGCCACCGACGCCAACUGCGACCCCCCCCGGCCCAGCGCCCCCGGGCGGGUGCCGGCCGCCUCCCCCUCUGCGCACAACGUGAGCCAGGCCGGGGGGGAGCGGCCCAGCUUCCCGCGGGGGGUGUCGAGCCGCAGCACGUUCCACGCGGGGCAGCUGCGGGGGCGCGAGCAGCCGGCCCUGCCCUACGCGCUGCCCCCCGGGCCCCCCGGCCUCGGGCCCCCCCCGUCGCCCUCCGGAGCCAGCCAGGGCCGGCGCGGCCCCCCCGGCACCAGCCUCUUCAGCAAGUUCACCUCCAAGUUCGUGCGGAGAAAUCUGUCUUUCAGGUUUGCCAGAAGGAACCCGCACGAGCCCGAGAGCAAGGACCGGGUGGAGACGCUGAGACCCUCGGUGGCUCCGGACAAGGACCCGCGGGACGGCGCCAGCCGCGACGUCAAGCCCCGUUCCUUGCGCUUCACGUGGAGCAUGAAGACCACGAGUUCCCUGGAGCCCGGUGAGAUGCUGCGGGAGAUCCGGAAGGUUCUGGAUGCCAACAGCUGCCGCUGCGAGCCCCAGGAGCGCUUCGUCCUGCUCUGUGCCCACGGCGCCCCCGGCCACGACUCCUUCGUCCAGUGGGAGAUGGAGGUUUGUAAACUCCCGCGGCUUUCCCUCAACGGCGUCCGCUUCAAGCGGAUCGCCGGCACCUCCAUGGCCUUCAAGAACAUCGCCUCCAAAGUGGCCAACGAGCUCAAGCUCUGAGCCCCCCCGGGGGGUGGACACGGCAACCGGCGGCAACUGGGGUCAACUGAUGGCAACUGGCAUCAACCGGCUCCAAGUGGUGUCAGCGGACGUCAACUGACAUCACCCAACGUCAAGCGGUGUCCCCCACCCCUCGUCGUGGGGAUGACGCGAUGGCUCGAGGAGGAAGGGCCACCUCCAAGGGACCUCUGGGAACGUUCUGGAUGGACUUUUGGGACCUUUGGGGCGUGGGAUGGGGCCACUCCAAGCGCUGGGGACGGCUCCAGGGACCUCCUCGAGGCCAUCCCGGGUGGCCCAGGGACCGCUGGGGGGCAUUGUGACAUAGGAUGGGGCUACCUGAAGAGGUGGGGAUGGCCCAGGGACUUGUGGGGACAUCCUCGAGGGACCUCUGGGGCAUUGUGGGCAUCUCUUUGGUGGCCAGGAACCCUCCGGGGCCACCUCCAAGGACAUCCUUGGUGACCCAGGGACAUCUCGCGUGGUCCAGGGCCUCAUGGGGAUAUCUUUGGUGGCCCAGGGCCCUGUGGGGCCGUGGGGGGGGUGCCCCGGGGUCACGUGAGGACAACCCGGGGCCUUCCUGUCCCCAGGUGACCCCGCGGUGGCCUUGGGGGGGGUCCCACCCCUCCUCCUGCACUCAGGAAGGCCCCUGGGGGUGGGGUGGGGGGUGAUCACGUGACCUGCUGUAGCCCCGCCCCCCUCCGCAGGCCCCGCCCCCACCCGGCCCCGGCGGGGUCAGGUUCUAGAUUAAAACCUUUCCAGAAAGA